AUGGAAGAAUGGAAUAAUGCAACCACGGUGACUGAGUUUGUGCUUGUUGGGCUCUCCAGAAACACCCAAGUGCGUGCUGCUCUGUUUGUCCUCUUCUUGGUCAUGUAUCUGAUCGCAGUAGCCGGGAAUGGUCUCAUUGUGGUGUUGAUUGUGUUGGAUUCACACCUCCAUACGCCCAUGUAUUUCUUCCUCAGCAACCUCUCCUUCAUCGACGUCUGCUAUGUCACCACCUCCAUCCCGCAGAUGCUGGUGCAUUGCUUCACAGACAGGCCCAUUAUCCCCCUGGGCAGAUGUUUUGCACAAAUGAGCAUUGCUCUCUUUUUAGCAGUGGCCGAGUGCCUUUUGCUAGCGGUCAUGGCUUACGACCGCUUUGUGGCGAUAUGCUACCCUCUGCGUUAUAGCCUCAUCAUGAGUCGAAAGGUGUGCAGCCAACUGGCAGUCAGCUUGUGGGUCAGCUCUUUCUUCUUGACCAUUGUCCCCUUUUUCAGCAUGCAGGCACGCUUGUGCGGGCGGAAUGUGGUGAAUCAUUUCAAGUGUGAACUCCAGGCCGUGUUGAAACUGGCCUGCUCUGACACCCAUGCGAGUGGGCUUAGCAUGAUGAUAACCAGCGUCUUCACUCUGGUUUUCCCCUUCUCCUUUGUCCUAGUGACCUAUGGACGCAUUGGUCUAGCUGUUCUACGCAUCCGCUCAGCCAAAGGCCGGGGUAAGGCCUUGUCAACCUGUGGCUCUCAUCUAGCUGUGGUGGGCAUUUAUUAUGGCACAAUGGUGGCCAUGUACCUCAGGCCUCAGGCCAAGACUUUCUCUGACAGGGAAAAAGUGGUGGCCGUCUUUUAUGGGGUUGUGAUCCCCAUGCUCAACCCCAUGAUCUAUAGCCUGAGGAACAGGGAUGUGAAGGGAGCACUCUGGAAACUGUUUGGGAAGUAG